GAAUUUGAAAGCAAGAUGACGUAUCUUCCGAAAAUUUGACGGAUUUAAACCCAUGUUGAAUUUACAACAACCCUCGAUACCUGGAUAUUGUUUAUAUUUUACUCAUGCUCAAUGUUAGAGUUCAUUGAAAGCAAAAAGUGCGCUGUUUCGAAGGUUUGAUUAACACCAAUGAGAUGCCGCUUGCUCACUUAGGUCAACCAUUUCUGAAGGCAAGUGAUAUUAGUGAGGAGACAAAGUGUAUUUCUAUAGAUGAGUCACCGGAUGAGACGUGUCAAAAAGUUGACGUUUCUGAGGUUGAAGUCAAUAUUGAGAACUUAGCCCAAAAGUCAGAGAAAGUUGACGCCUCGUGCUUUGAUUUACUUUAUGUUAUUGGUCAGGGAUCAUUCGGAAAGGUCUUCUUGGUUAGGAAAAACAAUGGCAGUGAUAAAGGUACUCUGUAUGCGAUGAAAGUCCUUAAAAAGGCAGUGCUGAAAGUGCGUGAUAGAAUCAGGACGAAGUUGGAAAGAGACAUAUUAACUAGAAUUAAACAUCCUUUUAUAGUAGACUUGCAUUAUGCCUUCCAAACUGAGGGAAAAGUUUACUUGAUUUUAGAGUUCCUUCGAGGUGGUGAUCUUUUCUCUCGUUUGUCAAAGGAGUACAUGUUUACAGAGGAAGACGUGAAGUUUUAUUUGGCUGAAAUCGCAUUGGCCUUAAAUUACUUACACAACAAUGGGAUAGUUUAUCGGGAUCUCAAGCCCGAAAAUAUUUUGCUCAAUGAAGAAGGUCAUGUACGACUGACAGAUUUUGGUCUGUCUAAAGAGUCAAUUUUUGAAUCUGCUGGCGAUCGAACGUACUCAUUUUGUGGGACAGUGGAAUAUAUGGCUCCAGAAGUUGUUAAUAGACAUGGACACGGUACAGCGGCUGAUUGGUGGAGUUUCGGUGUGCUUAUGUAUGAAUUACUUACUGGCAUGCUACCUUUCCAUAGUGAAAAUCGUAAAGAUACAAUGCAGAUGAUUUUAAAAGCUAAAUUGUCAAUGCCACAAUUUCUAAGUCCUUCAGCUCAGAGUUUAUUACGUGCCCUUUUCAAACGAACACCAUCAAACCGAUUAGGUCAUGGACCAGAUGGAUUCGAUCAGUUAAAAAGUCAUGAAUUUUUUGCUACAAUCAACUGGGAUGAUCUGUUAAGUGGUCGUAUUCAACCUCCAUUCAAACCUCCGUGUUCGUCAAUUAAUGAGAUACUAAAUUUUGAUCCAGAAUAUACAUCUCGUACACCACACGAUUCACCAUGUCCACCGGCAAGUGCAUCAGCUCACGCGUUAUUCCGUGAAUUCAGCUAUGUAGCACCAGGAUUUUUUACAGAACAAGAACCUAACUUUUUUGCUGCCAAUAAUAACAAUCAUGUAAACAGUAAUAAUGCUAGUAGUAGUAAUAAUAACAAUAAUGAAAUGUUGAAUGGUGCAAAUAUGGGUCAUUUAAAUUCAAAUGAAGGAAAAAUUACUACUAAUAACAAUAAUAAUACUCCUAGACGUGAAGAAGAUCGAACAAAUCAUCCAUACAUUCCAGAAGAUCUACCACCCUUGACCCCUUCAGUUGCCAAAUGUUUUCUUCGGUUAUCCGGUCUACCUGGUGUUAAAAAUAAACCAUUCACACUGGAUUAUGUUUUAUUAGAAGAGAUUGGUAAAGGCUCAUUCUCCACUGUACAUAAAUGUCGUAAUCGAAAUACAAAUUCUAUUUGUUGUGUAAAGAUUAUUGACAAAUCGAAGCGAGAUGCCAGAGAAGAAGUUGAAAUUUUACUUAGACACCAUAAUCAUCCAAAUAUUGUUUCAGUUCGGGAUACAUGAAUUAUACUUGGUGAUAGUUACAUUAUAAAAACUGACCAAUAAUGGUCGAUCGAUCUUGUGUUGGUAAAGUUCAAGAGUAGAAUGCUUGCUAACCAUACACAUGUGAGAAGCGGGAAACCGUUUGCCGGCUGAUGUGCCGCUAAACCUCGUCUAGUUCGGCAGCUGAAAGUAAGCCAGCCAAAGAGACAAGGUUGAACAUGAGGCCAGUAACCUCAGCCCACAUUCUAUUUGAAAUAUAAGGAAAGAGAAAAUUCUGCAAUAAUUGAAGGAACUCAUGUAGCAAACAGUGAAGAUGAACGACGCUGUAUCGAUGACUGAUUUCCACAGUGGUGAAUAUAUACACAAAAAUGCAUAUUUCAGGUAUGACUCAUAUUUGAAGUUUUGUUUGGUGGUUACUUUAUCCAAUCUGGAUUUUGGCUUUGUCAGCCCAACAGUUCCGCCAUUGCUGCACUGAUACCAAACUAUUGAAAGGCAAGUAAUUUGCACAAUCUUACCUGGUUUAAUAGAGCGAUUUGCCUACAGACAGCUGAUAGAUUGCAAGUAUAGAUUUCUUGUCCUAUGGGAUUGCCAAAAACAGUUUUUUUAAGUUGGCAAUGUGUUCUUUAUCAUAAUUGAAAUCACACCGCUUGGAACUUGUGUUUUGCUUUGUCCAGAACUUUAAAGAUGUAUAUUACGUAAAGAGAUGGCAGCACACUUCUAAAGAUCAUUAGAUAAUAUGUGUUUGAGUUAGAGAACAAUUUUUAAGCGCCAGUAAGUUCUACAAUAAAUCAGUCUAAACAUAUGGAAUUUAUUGAUAAAAUCAUAUUUCGAUGUUGAGUUGUUUACAUUCGAAUUUUACGUGAAACUUGAUUUUUUCACAGUCACAGAUACACUUUACCAACAAGUGACCUGCAACCACCUUUCUAAGGUCUGCUAGUGUUUUCUUCCUUACGCAAAUGUUAGGGAUCUAAAGAAACCUUGUUUAUUACAGAAGAAUAGAAUGUGAACAUGCCUCCAUUCUUCGCAUCUCUUUUUUCAAAUUGUUUUUCUAUUUCAUAAAUAAUGUUUUCAUGUGGGUAGAUGCAGAAAUUCCCAUUACGUGUGUCUUAAAAUCUAUUUGUGUGGUAAAGAUUGAUGAUUUUACAUCAAAUACUGCUUUCUUCCUGUCUUCGUAUCGGGACAACUCCGAAUAUCUAUUUGAAAUCGUAUCUACAUUUCCUAAGUCUUUGUGCAUAAUAUCAAUUUUGUCAAGUUUUAUCUUGUAACGCCAUACUCUAAAAAGAGCCUAACGUUUUGGAAUGAUAUGAUUUCGUGUUGGCGACGAGUGGCAUCUCUCAGUAAAUGAAAUACAGCGGUUGAAAACUUGAACAGUUUUUGCUGUGUUUUUACUUCUUGGCUGGAAUUUUUCACCAGUUUGUUUUUGUCUAAUUAACUGUUUUUUUUUUUAUAAUUUGGAUAAUUUGUGGUCAAAUAAAGUGUCUCACCUAUAGAUGACUAUCAACCUGCAUGAACUUGAAUUGUAUGUUUAGUCAUGUAAAAUGUAAAUAGAUAUUCACUUAUUUUUAUACUCUAUGCUAGUUUUGCUAAUUUUUGUUGAUAAUUGGCUUUUGUUUCUUAGUAUUCACUUAACGUGAUGAAUAUGUUAACCUGAUAGCUUGAUAUCAAUUCCUUGAUUUUUGAUAAAUACUUUUCUGAUGUUGAAAUUAAUCUCAAAUCCUCACAAAUGCUAUAAUCUGAAUACUAAUCUUCAGCUUACUGCUGGUACUGGAUGAUGGGCUUCCUGAAGCUGCAGUGGAAAGCUGUGACCGGUGAAGUGUCCACCGUGGCAAGGUGAAGUGGAUGAUCACUGAAUACAUUAGUGGGGGCAGCACCAUAUCACAAAUUGAUGAUAGAUAGAGUUACAAUUCAGUGGUCUUGCGUAUGCACUGCUGAAUAGUCCCAAACGAAGACAAAACUGCUAUCCAACGCACCCUUGGUUUUCAGUUGUCUCUCUCUCUCUCUAACUGAUACUAUUUCCUGACGAAGAUCUUACAGUUGAAAUAUUUUUUUCCUAAGACUGAAAUAUUGCCGGCUUAUUUUUUCAUCGAAUUUUUAUUACUUCGAUACAAAUAUAUAUACUGUGAAGAUCAGUAUAGUAAAAGAAUACCCAACGUUAUUUGAUACGAAGCAGUUUUCUAUUUAUAUUUGUAAAUAUAAAUAAAUAUAUAUGUAAAUCUCAGCAUGGAUCCAGAAAGUU